AUGGAUAGUAACAGUAAUAAUAGUACAACUACAAUAACAACCAAUAAUAAUAGCAAUGGUAGUAUGAAUAAAAGCCCAAUACUCAGUAGUUCAAAUAGCAGUAGCGGUAGUAAUACCCCAACUAGUGAUAAAAGAAAUGGAAUAAAGAUUUUUGAUUUGGACGAUCCAUUCACAUCAAAGAGAUUGUCUGGAUACUUUAGUCCUGAGUCAAUGGCAGAGUUUAAUAAAAUGGCAGAGGAUGAUUUCGAAAAUAGUGGUACCGAUGCAAAUAUUACAAAUGACGCAAAUACCAUUGGUCAAUCAUCAACUGGCAGUAAUACAACAGUAAAUAAUAAUAGUAUUGUAAGCAAUGGCAACAGCAAUAAUAAUCCUCAAUCACCUUCAUCGUUAUCAUCAACAACAAAAUUAUUAUUACAGACUAAAAAGAAAUUUGUUAGGGGUCCAAGUGGCUUAUCACAUGUAAUGAGCUAUGGAGAUGAUGAUGAAGAUGAUGAAAGUAGUAGCAGCGAGGAAGAGUAUGAUAUAUCAUCUUCCUCCUCUUCAUCAAUAGAUAAGCAGUCACAAUUCGUUGUAACAAGAAGACCAUCAUCACCAAUUGUCAUUCCACCAGCACCAGCCUCACCAUCAUUAUCUGCCACAAGAAGAUCAUCAGCCUCAUCCCCUUCAUUAUCAACCAAGCAAACAAUUGACAAUGAUAGUGAUAGUAGUAGCAGUACUCUUAUUGUUGGAAAUACAUCAAACUCACCAAAUACCUCAGCUACCACCAUUUCAUCAAUUCUAUCUUCAUCACCACCUUUAACAGUUUCAUCAAAAUUAUUAACUAAUAAAAACAAUGGUACCAACAACAAAAGCAUUGAUAAUGAAGAGGGUCAACCAUCUAUGGAAAAAGAUGGCGACAAACCAAUUUGUACCAAAUCAUUUUUAGAAUUGGAUGAAAAAUCAUUUUUAAAAAUAUUUGGUUUUCUUUUAGCAGAAGAUUUAGUUCAAUUAACUAGAACUUGUAAGCUUACUUGUAAUAUUAUAAAUAAUAAUCAACAAAUUUGGAAAGAUCUAUGUUCAAACUAUAUAAAACUUUAUAGUGAACCAAAUGAUAUUUAUAUUUGGGAAGAUGAUCUAUUCCCACCACACAGUGUAAAUAUUUUUAAUAAUAGUGGUAAUAGUAGCAGUAACGGAGGAUUUUUAAGUAUAGGUACAAGUGCCGGUAAUACCAUUAUGAAUAAAUUAAGACCAAUGGAAAGAUUGAGAAGUAAUACAAUAGCGUUACCUAGUCCAGUUUUAUUUAAUGAAAUGGCAACUAUAAAUAAUAAUAUUAAUAAUCAUAAUAAUACAAUAAAUAGUACAAAUAUAAUAUCAUCAACAUCAAUUUUACCAGUAACACCAAAUUCAUCGAAUAUACCCUCAGCAUCCAUAUUUAACCAAACCAAUAACACCAAUAGUGGUAGCAAUAUUAAUAUUAAUAAUAGCAAUAAUAAUAAUAGUAGUGGUAGUGGUAGUAGUAAUAGUAAUAGCACUACAACAACAAAUUCCACAGGUAAUAAUGUUAUUGGAACAGGUAUAGUUUAUGGAUCAUAUAAUAGUAGUAAUAUAAUAUUAAAUAGUGUUUUAAGAAAAUUUACACCAAUUAAUACAACACCAAGUACCAGUGAGGUAACAGAUUUUAUAGAAUCUUGUCAUCAUUUCCCAAUAAAACUAUUAAUUUGUAAAUUAGUUCAACGUUAUAUUGUGCCAAAAGAAUAUCAAAAAUCAGUUGCUCAAUGGGAUAAAAUAGUAGAAAGACCUAUCCAAUUAAGAGUUGGUAAACUAUUGAAAAAAGUUAUCGAUCAAAAAAAAGUUAUCUUUGACUAUGGAACAAUGCUCAUAUUACGUACUUUUAUUAAAGGUCAUCUUCAGCAAUCCUCUGAUAUGGCCAAAGGUUUGCUAUGUGGUUUAGAUAAGAAAAAAAUCCUCAAAGUGUUUGAUAUCUCCAAGGUCAACGAUUUUAUAUUGGUAAAAAUAUUUCGUAAUUUCGAUAUAAGAGAACUAUCAAUUUGCCAACGUGUUUGUAAAAAAUGGAGCAAGGUAAUCGAUAAUAGCAGUCUUUGGGAACAACUAUACUAUCAAUAUCGAAAGAAAUUACAUCAUGAAGGUGAUGUUAAUAUUUGGGACGACCCAUCUUUACACAGUGUAGAUUAUUUAUAUGAUUAUUGCACAACACAGCAGUUAAUAAAUAAUGGAAUAAAUGAUUUAAAUAAUAAUAAUCAAUCAAAUGUAAAUAGCCAAGAUAAUAAUAAUAGUAAUAAUACCUUAAGUGGAUCCAAUAGUAAUAUAUCAACCCCACAAUCAAAUCCAUUAAAUAGUAGCAAUGGAGGAAGUGGGUUUUCUUCACCAAUUUCAAGUACAGCCACAACCCCAUCAUGCACUCCUUCUGGUGGAUCAGCAACAUCUUCGCCAAGUGUACAAUCUCCAAUUGUAACUCCAACUUUAAAUAGUCAAGCUAUGCCACCACCACCAUUUUCACCAAUUCUAUCAUCUACUAUUUCACCAAGAUCAAUGUCAAUUUCCCUUUCUACUAUACCACUACCUAUCAAGCCACAAGAACUUAAAUUACCAAAUGAAAUUUUAAUAAAUAAUAAUAAUAAUAAUAAUAAUAAUAAUAAUAAUAAUGGUAAUACAAAUCAAUUAUCUUUAUCAUCAAAUAGUAUUUCCAAUAACGUUGAACAAUUAGAUCUAGGUAAAUCCAAUGAUAGUAUCAAUAAUAAUGAUAUUGAAAUAAAUAAUGAAAACAAUUCAGCAAUAAUCAAUUCUAAUGAAAAAGUACCAAUAAUAAAUAAACCAACACCACCACCUAAUGUACAAAAACUAAUGAAUUUAAAUCAACUUGUCGAUAAAUUAACCUCAAUUACAGUUGCUACAGAAAUUUCUGAAGUUAAUGCAUGUCUUGCAACCUAUAGAACCUUUAUAUCAACAUCACAAUUGAUAGAAAAGCUUUUCCAAAGAUAUCAUAUCCCUAGAGCUAGUAAUGUAAAAUCAGUAUUAGAUUGGAAACAACGUAUAGAAGCACCAAUCCAAGCCAAAGUCUCUAAAGUUUUUAAAAAGCUGAUCGAUGACCAUUUUGCAGAUUUUAAUCCAACAAUUAUUACAAUUUUCAAGAUUUUCUUACUUCAUAUUAUUGAUAAGAGCUCACCAUUAACAAAUCAUUUAAUUCGUUCAUUCUCAAAGAAACUUUACAAAAUAGAUUCAAUGGAUUCCUCUAAUCAAUCCGAUGAUAGACGUAGACCCAAUAGAUCACAAUCAAAGAUUGGUAGAAUGAUGUCUGUUAGAAAGGCAACUCAAUUUAACGAUAUUAUUGCACUACCUGCUGAAGAAAUUGCAAAACAAUUAACACUAAUCGAAUUUGAAAUCUUUUCUAAAAUCCAAUCAUCAGAAUUCCUUAACCAAGCAUGGGCAAAAGAAAAAACAUUCCAUUUAGCACCCAAUAUUCGUGCAGCAAUCGAUAGAUUCAACACUGUUACUAAAUGGGUUUGCACAGUUAUUCUAAAGGAAGAAAAAAUAAGAGCUAGAACUAAAAUAAUGGGAAAGCUAUUGAAGGUCGCUAAAAAUUUACGUUCCUAUAAUAACUAUCAUACAUUGAUGGCCAUUUUAUCUGGUUUAAAUGAAGUUCAUAUUUUCCGUUUAAAACAUACCCAACAAGAGCUCAAACCAAAAAUUCAAAAAGUUUCUCAAGAAUUACAAACUCUAAUGUCUGUUGAAGGUAAUCAUGAAGCCUAUCGUAAUGAUUUAUCUCAAGUUGACCCAAAACAAUCCUGCAUACCCUAUCUUGGUGUUUAUUUAAAAGAUUUAACAUUUAUUCAGGAUGAUACAAAUAAAGUUGGUCCAGGAAUAAACAUUAAACAAAGUUUGAAUUUGUAUAAUAUUUUAAAAACCAUUCAACACUUCCAAAAGAACCCAUAUCAAUUUGAAGAAUUCCCUAGAGUCAAAGAAACACUUUUAAAUUUACCAGUUUGGACUGAAGAUAAUUUAUAUCGUGUAUCAAUGCUAAGAGAACCAAGAAAUUGUAAGAGAUCGGACCUACAUUAA